AUGACAUGUCAAGGAGAUUGUUCAUGUAAAAAUAAUGAAGUCCCCACCACCAAAUCAACAACAGGCAAUGUGGAAGAUGAUGACAUUUGGUCAGAUGAUGAUAGUAAACUAAUACUUGAAAAUGAUAUAAUACGAUCACAUUAUAAAAAAGGAUAUGUUGAUGGAAUAACUCAAUCUAAAGAAUCUUCAUUACAACAAGGAUUUGAUGAUGGAUAUCCUGAAGGUGCUAAAUUAGGGAUUCAAGUUGGUAAAAUCCUAGCAAAUUUAAUUAAUCAAUGUGAAACCAAAGAUGAACAAUUGACAAGAUUCAAUGAAGCGAAAAAGGAAUUAAAUAUUGUUAAUGUUUUAAAAAAAUCAUAUUUUGAUGAAGAUUUGAAUUUGAAAAAGAGUAACAAUCCUACAGGAACUAAUGAAUCAUAUCAUGAAUUAAUAAACAAAUGGGAAAAUGAAAUGAAAUAA